AAAGACUUCCAUAUUCAAACUUUGAGGUAUUUUGGAUAGAAAAAUGUGGCGUAGUUUUCUGAAUGCUACCCAGCUGAAUUAGAUUCUUCGGUUGACCUCUCGGUCGAAGUUAGACUUCGGACAACUUGUGCCAAGUGUACAUACUCGUCGCUAUUUUCGAGCGUAAUGUUCUCAAUUGUAACCUGCAUUGUAAAUUGCCAAAAGGAUAAAGAAGCUGAGGAGUUUGUUUGUCCAGAAGGAACACAGGGCAAUGGAAAUUUUGCGGAUCCGGCGACUUGUCGGCGAUUUUAUCAAUGUGUCGACGGGUAUCCCUAUUUGAAUAGAUGCCCCUCAGGACUCUAUUUCGACGAUAUUAGCAAGUAUUGUACUUUCAAAGCUGAAGCCAGAUGUGGUCCUAUUGCUACAACUCCGGCUCCUAUCACCGAAGCGCCCCUGGACUUAGCAACGAAAUGCGAUCCAGCCGCAUGUCAACUCCCAUAUUGCUUUUGCUCCAAAGACGGUACUCUCAUCCCUGGCGGCCUCGAUCCAGAGGAGACGCCACAACUGAUUAUGUUAACAUUCGACGGUGCUGUCAACUUGAAUAACUUUGAAUUAUACAAAAAAGUUUUUAAUGGAAAAAUAAAGAAUCCAAAUGGUUGUCCUAUCAGAGGGACUUUCUUCCUGUCUCAUGAAUACAGUAAUUAUGCCAUGGUUCAAGCUCUCGCUCACGACGGUCAUGAGAUUGCAACUGGCACCGUGUCGCAACAACAAGGGCUCCAAGACAAGGGAUAUGAAGAAUGGGCCGGCGAGAUGAUAGGUAUGCGCGAAAUACUGCGCCGCUUUGCGAACGUCUCACGCACUGACGUGGUGGGUGCUCGUGCUCCAUUCCUGAAACCUGGACGGAAUACGCAAUUCAAGGUGUUGGAAGAUUUUGGAUACAUAUACGACAGUUCAGUAGGCGUGCCUCCCCUGCCGAUCCCUGUCUGGCCGUACACGCUUGACUACAAGAUCGCUCACGAGUGCAAGUCGGGUACAUGCCCCACCAAAUCUUUCCCCGGUCUAUGGGAGGUGCCGUUCAAUGCCCAUUAUGUAGAGUCAUUUGAAGGUGGCCACUGUCCUUAUUUAGACCAGUGUGUACUUCACAAUCAUGAUUCUGACGAGGUAUUAGAAUGGCUGCAGGAGGACUUCAGUCGGUAUUACGAGCAGAACAGAGCGCCGUACAUGAUGCCAUUCCAUACCAACUGGUUCCAGAUUAAAGCGCUCGAAAGGGGACUACACAAAUUCCUGCAAUGGGUAUCUGGCUUGCAAGACGUAUGGUUCGUGACAGUGACCCAAGGUCUGACCUGGAUAACAGAUCCUCGUCCAGUGAAAUCGCUAAAUAAUUAUGAACCAUGGCGAUGUGACAAGAAGGAUCUGCCGGCGGCGCCAUGUAAUUUGCCUAACAAGUGCGCGCUGUCUUUCAAACAUCCCGAUACAAACUUCACUGAUACGAGAUACAUGGAGACUUGCAGUGAAUGCCCCAAUCAGUACCCGUGGUUGGGCGAUUCAGGCGGAUCUGGUAUUCCAGGCAAGGACAAUUAUAUACCUGACAAUCUGAAGAGGAAAUAGUUAUUUAAUUAAUUUUAGGUUGUGUAUAUAAUAAUACACCGAACGUAUUUUUAUAUAAUGGGGUUUUAAGCUGCUAUGGUCUAAGUACCUAGUCUCUAAAGUAUUUACUAUUAUAUACUUGCGUGGGAAUAAAGUCAAAAGUCAUAAUCAUUGUAGGAAACUCGAAAUCGCGUCAAGUAUUAACAAAUAAUACCAAAAGCAAGUCAACAACUAUUAAAAUAUUAAAAAACUAUUAAAAAAGUCAACAACUAUUAAAAUAUUAACAUUUUUUAAAUAACAAUGAAUUGUUGUUUAUUUUUAUAACUUUUGUAGAAAAUAACAUUUACAAUGAUAAAAAAGUAUAAACUUUCAAAAUUUGAUUUUUAUAUUAUAUAUGAUCUUGUCGUAUUAUAUACUAUUAUUUGAGAAUGUAUUAAAGUAACGUCAGCUCAGGUAGUAUGUAGAAAUUAAAUUUUGGUAUAGUACAUAUAUUUAUUGUUAUUAUAAACUCGAAAUUCCACCAAACUCGAACAGUUAAUACCAUCGAAUGCUUAUAAAAAAAUAACCUUUUUUGUAUUAAAAUGAAUAGUUGUAAAUAAAAAUAAGAUUUAAAAAUAUUUAUCUUCUUCUGAAUGUCUAGGUACUUAGUAAUAAAAAGUUAAUACAUGUGUAUAAAGUAAAAGAUACAAAGUCGAGUAGAUUUUGUAUAUAUUAUUACUUUACUAUACUGAAUAAAUUCUUAUAUUUCAAUUCAAUUAUCCUCUUCUUGUAUUUCAAGGCUUUCUCAAGUUAAUACACAGUCAGAUAUUUUUUUCAACGUUGAUGUUGAUUAUAUUAAAAAACCUUUUGUAUAUACUCCAUUGUUAAUACGUAAUUCAUAAGAGAACCGUGACUAGUCGUCGCAACUCAAUAAUUAGUUAGGAUUCAUCAUAUAUUAGGUAUGUUUUUAUAAGGUAAAUUUACUUAUAAAAUUUGCUCAUUCUCGUGUUUAAUAAAGUAUUAGUUUUUAAAAUGUGUUAAAUAUAAAGUUUUUAGUAUAAGAGAUUUUCAUAAUAAAAAUAAAUAUAAAUAGUAAAGAAAUAAUUGGGCAAAUUAUACAGCAACAUCUAGUCCCUAAGCAGAGCUUGCACCUACGUGUACUACCUAUGGGUACUAGACAUAUUUAAAAUACUUUUUUUUUUGUAAAUGCAUACUAUAGACAGAUAACAUCUAGACCAGUCCAAAUAGAUAUAGUCAUUAAUGCGAAUAUUUAUAUUGUACUAAGAUCGAGCUCAUGACCAUGGGAAGGCGAGGCAGUAUAUUAAAUCACUGCACCACCGAGAUCAUCAUUUAUAUUCAAGCUCACCAUAGAUUUUCUAGUAAAUGUUAGUAAUAUAUCAAAAUAUUUAUAACAAUAAUAUUGUCUUGAUUUAUUAUUUGUGAACGGAAAUAUUGUCAUUAUUUCGUUUAAAAUCUGUAGAUAUAUCAUUGAUAUUUAAUACUACAUCAUAGAUAAUUUAACUAAUAUAUAGGCACAUCAUAGAUUUUUAAAUCAUAUUUAGAUAUCCAUGAUAUAUAUAAAAUUAGUAAUUUGAGGAAAAUGUACUUGAUAUUGUACGUUUAUUUUAUUAGAGUCAUAGACAUUGAACUAAUUUAAACAGUAUACGGAUAUCAGUAAGAUAUAUUAAACAAGUUAUUUUAGUGAAAUGUACCUUCCCAAUAUAGUGUUUCAAUGUAUAGCAGCAAAUAUUAGGAAAUAUAGUGCUCUUGAUGUAGAUCUCGAGUCUGGUGCUCUCGCUGGUCUGUGUGCGACAGCCAAACCACACAACUCUAGUGUAUGAUUUACAGAAACUCAAGAACCACAAACGAAACGCUACCUUGCAAAUUGAUUUAUACGGAAAUUAGUUGUUGUUAGCGUUGAAUAUAAGUUAUUUUCUUUGUUAAUACAUUUUUAUAAAUUAUAUUUUAUAUCCUGUA